CUUGUUCUAAACAUUGUUUUGUAUUGCUCUUACGCACCUGAUGUUAUGUUCUCUCUGCACGGUGGAAUGUUAACCUAUUGUAUUGUUAUUAAACUGAAAAGAGAUUUUUAACACAUAUAUACCCAGUCAGACAGUGAUGGCUGCUGCGACGCUUAAGUCCAUAACAACUUAUUUUUUGUAUUUCUAAGGCGUUCGGUGCUAUUUUAGUUAUUUAUCAAUUAUUUGUUGAACAAUUUGUGUAAUCGAAAAGACAUCCGAUAAACUGCGGUUACAAUUUUGUGCAAUAAAACGGUUUUGUGAUUGAACCGCUUAUUAAUCAUACAACAAAUUUCAAAUUCUUAGCGACAUUCCUAAGAUCAUCAUGCAAUAUUGUUGUUAAGACGUGAGAGCAUGAACAUACCCACACAUUCUUUCACAAUAAUAAUAUUCUUGACACGAGAAAUUUUACUCUCUCACUGUUUAUGUUAUUAAGUGUGAUGCAUAAGGAAGACAAACCAUAUAAACAAUAAUUGCAGUAGAAAUAAAAAUACGGAAAAAAGUUUUACAAAAAUUGGAAAAUGGGUUCAAGGGUUCCAUUGACAACGUUAUGCGAAAAAACUGCACCCGGUGUGCCUCAGCUAUUGGAUGAUUUGCAUAAAUUGCUGGAUGAUCAGGAGAGCUGUGACAUUGUAUUUCUUCUUGGACGAGAUGAAGAACGUGUGUAUGCGCACAAGAUAUUAUUGAUGGCAAGAUGCAAAAGCUUCCAAACAGCUAAACGUGGAGAAUUUCGAAUACCCAGUGCGACGGUAACUCCAACUACCAUAACUCCAACGCCGAUCCGUAUGCCGAAUGUAAUGCCUGACGUUUUCCGCCAAUUCAUAAGUUAUGUUUACACCGGAAAGAUUAUACAGCAAGAUUCCCGAGUGUUUGAAAUGAUGACCCUGGCUCAAGACAUGGGGAUGGAAAAAUUAAAGAUUGAAUGCGAGGAUCAUGUUAUCUCAACAAUGAAAGUUGAUAAUGCCUGUACGUUUUUAACCGCUGUUAUGGAUAUCCAAGAGAAAACUUCAGGUGCGAAGUGUGCAUCCUUCAUGGACCGAUGUAUAACAUUCAUUGGCGAAAAUGCAUCCGAAUGUGUAAAAACAAACGCUUUCCUCAACUUAACUAAAGACGGCCUAAUCAAAUUGAUAUCGUCGGAUUAUUUUUGCUUGGAGGAGGAGGAUGUGUGGCGAUGUGUUUUAAACUGGGCAAAACAUCAGGCUGGAGUAACACAACCAACUGCACACUGGACCGAAGAAGAGCGAGCCCAUGUAUGCCAAUAUCUGGCUGGUGUAAUGGGUCAUGUUAGACUUCUGUUAAUUGAUAGCCAAGUUUUCGCUGAAGAAGUGGAACCGACUGGAGCUGUUCCCAUGGAACUAUCGCUUGAACGGUAUCGACAUGCUGCUUUGAAAUCGAGCAAACAAACCGGCCUUGCCCAACAUCCGCCGUUGCCUGGUGGACCGUUGUCCGAGAAUGAUAAACGUCUUCAGCCGAGGUUACUGUUGAAUAUGUUCCCUGGGUCGUGCAUUUUGAAGAAUGACAAAUUACAAUUGCAAGGUGUCUUGAAUGGAUGGUUCGGUAUACCAAAGCAGAGCUGGAGAUUGGUUUUUAGAGCCUCGACAAAUGGCUAUUCGGCAGCAGCUUUCCACCGGAACUGUGACGGUAUCGCACCAAUAUUUGUUGUGGCAUUGGGAUCUAGAGGAGAGAUCAGCGGUGGAUUCAGCGACGUUGCCUGGUCGAAAACCAGUCGUAAAGGUGGCUACAUCCAUUCUGAUCGUGCCUUUCUAUUCGCAUUGAAUAAUGGAAACGAUCCACCGGUCAAAUACGAUAUCAUCAAAAAACCCUAUGCCAUUUGCUAUCAUCCAGAAUGUGGCCCAAUAUUCGGAGCUGGUGCUGAUCUGCUAAUAUCGAACGGUUGCAAUACCAACACCGAAUCGUAUUCCAAUUUACCGCAUUCUUAUGACGGACCGAAUGCACUCGAUACCAGUCUGUUCGGCGAUUAUAAUUUUUCGAUUACCGAUUAUGAGGUCUACACGCCAUCAUCCACACCGAACCAAUCGAAUAAAGUGAAACACGAAAGGUAUUAGGUGGAUGAGAUGAUGAGAGUGCAACCGUUGUCAUUUCUGAUAAUUAGGUGCAAAAAUAAACUUGUCCGAGUCGUUGUGGAUCA